AUGGCAGCCACACACCACCCUCCCAGUUCGCCCGCAGAUCUCCAGACGCCAAACACACCCGCGCCCGCCAACGCAGCCGCGCAGCGAAAACCCACCAUCCUCCACCUCGGCGAUGACAUCCGCUGGAACCAUGACCUGUACGCCCGCCUCAGCCAGAAGUUCACCAUAGUACGGACCCACUCCCUGCCGCGCGCGGCCUUCAAGCGCGGCCUGCAGGACAGAACGUGGGGCGACUUCGUGGCAAUGUACCGCCCCUUCUGGAACACGGGCGGCGAAAUGGGGAACUGGGACGAUGAACUAAUCGCCCUGCUGCCCGCGAGCUGCAAACUCUUCGCCUCAGCCGGCGCGGGCUACGACUGGGUCGACACGCGCCUGCUCGGCACGCGGGGGAUAACAUACUGCAACGCGGCCUCGGCGUGCAGCGAGUCGGUCGCCGACGCAGCGCUGUUCUUGAUCCUCGCGACCUAUCGGCUGUUCGGAUGGAGCGCGCGGGCCGCACACUCGUGCUCGCCGGAGCAGUUCAGCGACGCCAUGCGCAACAUCGGCGCGCAGACGCAUAACCCCAACGGCACCGUGCUGGGCAUCGUGGGGCUGGGCCGCAUCGGGGCGCGGAUCGCGACCAAGGCGCGCGCACUGGAGAUGGACGUGUGGUACCACGACGUGGAGCGGUGGGACGAGCGCGCGGCCGGGGUUGGGGCGCGUUGGUGCGCGAGUCUGGAGGAGUUGCUGUGCGGGAGCGAUUGCGUGGUGCUCGCUGCGCCGUUCAGCGGGCGCGUGCUGCUGGGCGCUGCAGAGUUUGCGUGGUUCAAGCGCGGCGCGCGCCUGGUUAAUGUCGCGCGCGGCGCGCUGGUGGAUGAGGAUGCACUGUUGUGCGCGCUGGACGAGGGCCGGCUGGCUGCCGUCGGGAUGGAUGUGCAUGCGACGGAGCCUGUUGUGAAUCGCGAGCUGGCCGGGCGCAGGAAUGUUAUGAUGCUGAGUCAUACGGCGGGGGCGAGUGUGGAGAGCCAUGUUGGGUUUGAGCGGAUGGGGAUGGAGAACUUGCUGGGGUGGUUGGAGAGGGGGGAGGAGGGGCUGCUGAGUCCUGUGAAUCUGCAGUGGUUGAAUAGAGAUGGAAAGUGA